AUGUCCACCGACCCCCAGUUCGACGAAUUCCACAAACAACUAUUCGAAGAAGGCCUCAAAACCCGCCGCUCUGUGGUCGGAGAAGCAUAUGUUGAGAGAGCCCUCGAGAACGGCUCGACUGAGUUCUCUCGACCAAUGCAAGAGCUUAUCACGGAAUGGGCUUGGGGAAAUGUAUGGGGCCGACCGGGCCUAGCGAAGCGCGAUCGCAGUCUGCUCAAUAUCGGUAUGCUGAUGGCCUUGAACCGCGGUCCUGAGCUGGCGGUUCAUAUUCGCGGGGCUCGGAACAAUGGGCUUAGUGAGCUUGAGAUUCGGGAAGCUAUCAUUCAUGCUACGGUUUAUUGCGGGGCUCCGGCUGGGGUGGAUGCAAUGAAGAUUGCCGAGAGAGUGCUGAAUGAGAUGGCCGAGAACAGGGAGAUGGAGCGUGAAUUGGGAGGUAGAGCUGUAUUGGAUUGA